AUGGCGGUGACAACAACAAUGAGAAUGACCUCCGUACUGACGAGCUCGUCCUCGAAUCCCCCCCACUCCUCACUCCAACAUCGACAAUCACGCUCCACACCCGCACCCAAACCUACACCUUCCGCCUCGACCUCAACGUCCGCAUCCACAUCUGCGUGUUCUUCAUCAGGUCCUCUACCACAGCGCCCCCCAUCUUCUAACCCACCUUCGCCACAACUUGAACUAUCUCUCCCCCCACCUUUGAUGAUGACAACAUUCAAAUCUCCCCACACCCGUUCCAACGGGAACGAGUUAAAUAUUAGUUAUUGUUAUUAUUCGUCCUCAGACACGGAUAGUGUUAUCGAACCUAUCACUGAGGAAGACUCAGAGGAUCACCCACCGAAGAAUAACAAUAGUAAUGGUGAGGGCGAGGGUGAGGAAGGGGGAAAGGCUGCUGAGACUCCGAGACCGACAAUGCUGGUGGGUGGGAGGACCGAGAGUUAUUCGAGAUUUGUGGAACAUUUGGACAAGGAAGGCGUUUAUAUUUCGCGGUCUCCUUCUCCCGUUCCCUUUGAUGUUGGGAUUGGGGUCGGAGUUGGAGUUGGAGUUAGGGGAAGGGGGUUAUCAUGGGCCAGGGUGAAGGGCGAAGGGAAGAAAGAUAGGGAGAAGGAGAAGGAAGGAGAGAAGAGACCGUCGUCGUCGUUCUUUUCUCGACGGAGUUCAAUCAUUCGAUCGCGCUUGUCGGGUUCGAAUUCGAAUUCGGAUCUGAGGCUGGGAUCUACUGUGGCGCCAGCAGCAGCAGUGUCUGGUCCUGGUUUUGGCCCCAGUCCCCGUAUUGGACUACUACUCCCUUCAGAACCCGAACUGCCCUUGCCUUCUGCACGCACAUCCAUCCAACGAUGGUCCAUGCCCCCACCCGCUCCACCCACUUCACCCACCUCUACACCACCGUUGAUUCAUUCCUCGCCGCCACAGCUUCCUCCAUUCCCAACCCCUCACCGACAAGACUCCCAAUCCUCCGAACCUUUCUCCACUUCCUAUCACUCACACCAAAGUUCGACUUCGAGAUCCCACAGCCCCUCCAAGUUGUUAGCGUUGAGCGAUUGGAAGGUUAGUGUAAAGACGAAAGGGAUCGUGGGACUUGUUAGAUCUAGGACGACGAUGGGCAAGGGUGGGGGCACCCAUCGACCUGGGACUCUUGGGAUGGGUGCGAUGAGCGCUGGCACUGAUCGGAAUGGAGGUGGGGGGGCCUUUUCGAAGAGGAGUUUAUUUGGGAAGAGCAAGUCGAGUGAUAGUGCUCAUGCUCGAGGCGUUGGUUCCUUGGAGGAGGUGCCAUUUGCUGAGGGUGGAGGUGCUAUCGAGGACAGACGGCGUUUGGGGAUGGACGUAACGUUGUCGCCACCUGUGAAUCGUGGAAGUUGGGCCCGCCCUCAAUCGAUGUGUUUCGAUGAACCGGAGAAGAUGACGGCGGUGGAAGGUUUGGCGAGAAAUCGGAUGGAUGGCAGUGAGGGUAGUGAGAAUAGUCUGCAGGGGGAGGAGGGUAAUGGACUUGGUUUCUGGAUGGGGUGGAGGGAUGGAUUCCUGCUGCUUGACGAUGGUCCCAGGGGAGUAGAACUUGAACGUGUGGUCUUGGAAUUUGCGCAGGCGCAUGUUCAGCAGACCGGCUUGAUUACCUAUAUCGAUCAUGACUCGUGUCCAAGCGCAACGACCACCGAGAGUAUUGCGGCAUGGAGGAAUGACCUCACGGACUUACAAUGUGGCUCAGUGAAUGACCCCAGUCCCACUUCAAUUGUACCAGGAGCCCAACUUCCCAUUCUCAUCUCGUUCUCGCUCGUACUCUGGUCUCAAUAG